AUGUCGCAUCUUAAGUUCUGUUCUCGGAGAUCUCCACUGGUUUGCAGUAGUGCUUGUGUUGCAUCAAGCCAGCCUCUUGCAACAAAUAUUGGCCUUGAUAUUUUAAAGAAUGGUGGCAAUGCUGUAGAUGCAGCUGUGGCUGUAGCAGCUGCUUUAAAUGUUACUGAACCGUGCAGUACUGGCGUAGGUGGAGAUUGCUUCUGCCUCUAUUAUGAUGCAAACACUAAGCAGGUACAUGGUCUCAAUGGAAGCGGCCGGUCUCCACAGGCCCUGACCCUCGAGCUGCUAAAAGAUCAUGGCUUCAGUGAGGCAAAUCCACCACCUCCACUACAUGCAUAUAAUGUCACAGUACCUGGUGCAGCAGCUGGCUGGUGCGAUGCUGUUGCACUGUAUGGAAGGAAAAAGCUUUCCAUGGGGCAGAUUCUGCAGCCAGCUAUAGACAUGGCUGAGAAGGGCUUUCCAGUGUCAGAGAUUACUUCCUACCACUGGAAGAAUAAUAUUCACGCCCUUCAUACACCUGGAAACCAACACGGAAAGGACCUAUUGAUUGACGGUGAAGCACCUAAUCAUGGACAAGUCUUCCGCAAUCCAUUUUUAGCAAACACUUUUAAGAAGUUGGCAAAAUUUGGCAAACAAGGCUUCUACAAAGCCCACGUAGCCAAAGCUAUUGUGGAUAUUAUUCAGAGCAAUGGUGGAGUAAUGGAUUUAGAAGACAUGAAAAGCCAUGUCACUGAAGAAGUCAAACCUAUUGCUGCAAAUUACAAGGGUCUGGAUAUAUGGGAAAUCCCUCCAAAUGGGCAAGGCAUCACAGCUCUGUUAGCCCUGAACAUUUUAGAAAAUUUCAAUGUGAAAGAAAUGGGUCAUAAUACUGCUCAUUAUUUACACGUUCUGAUUGAAGCUGUCAAAAUUAGCUUUGGCGAUACUUUCUGGUUCUGUGCAGAUCCAGAAAAGGUAGCUGUACCUACAACAAAGCUCCUUUCAAAAUCCUAUGCCAGAGACCAUUCAGAGCUGAUUGAUUUACAGAGAGCGACUGCCAAAUACAAUCAUGGAAAUCCUUUCCCGGCUGGAAGUGACACUGUUUACUUCACAGUGGUGGAUACCCAGGGCAAUGCCUGCUCUUUCAUUAGCAGCAGCUAUAUGGGAUUUGGCACAGGUCUGGUACCAGAUGGCUGUGGAUUUACAUUACAAAACAGAGGAACCAAUUUUUCACUACAGCCUGAUCACCCAAACUGCCUGGCACCUGGGAAGCGACCAUAUCAUACAAUUAUACCUGCUCUGGCUACUGCUGCAGAUUCGGGGGAGCUUCUGUGUUCCUUUGGGGUAAUGGGUGGAUUCAUGCAGCCACAAGGGCAGGUACAGGUACUAUUGAACAUGCUGGAAUUUGGGAUGAAUCCACAAGAGGCUUUGGAUGCUCCUCGUUUUUGUGUUGAAUAUAACAAAAAGACAGAUGCAUGGUUUGUGUUCUUGGAAGAUGGCAUCCCUCGGCAUAUUACCGAAGCAUUGAGAGCCAAGGAUCAUACUGUUAUGGCACACGUAACUGGGCACAGCAGGAGCAUGUUUGGACGAGGUCAAAUUGUCACCAAAGGAGACUGGUGGAGGCACUGGAGAAAAAUGUCUUCAAACAACGUAUUGUGGGCUGGGUCUGAUCCUCGAGCUGAUGGUUGUGCAUUGGGAUACUAGCACUGAAGAAAGAACUGGCUGUGUGUUAAGUGGAGAUCAAUCAAUUUCAAAAUCAAAACUCAAAUUUCAACAUGUAUCAAAAUGACAUUGUGUGUGUGUGGGGGGGGAAUGGAACAAAAGCAUCUUGUUCCAUUGCCAUAAUUUGAUAAUAGAGCACAUGUUUUGCAUGUAGAUCUCUCAGGUUCAGUCAUAGGUAUCUCUGUCUGCGACCAUGGGGAAGAGUCCAGCUAUCAAUCAAGGAGUGCAGAACUUUUUUCAGCCCAAAAGCUUAAUUUCCUCAUAGGCAACCUUCUGGAGAAGCCACAUGCCAGUCAUGGGUGGCUAGGGACAGAGGGAAAAGUGCAUUGGAUUUAAAAUAGUCUAUAUUCCAGCUAUGCAAAAGUCAAGAGUUUUCUACUCACAUUCAGACAGCUGUCCAUCCAGGGGCUAGCCCUACCAUUAGGCAAACUGAGGCAAUUAGACACAUAUGGAAUUGCUGUCCCACCUGCCACUGCCUGCUCCUGCCACUACCCAUUUGUCUGGUGAGGCUGUCUGUUUCCACAUCCUCCCCAAUUCUAGGGCCAAGGGGGUUCUUCUCUCAGAACAAAGCACUCUGGGCAGCGUGGCUGUGAAAGUGCCUGCAUCUGAUUAUGUCUAGAAUUAGGGCUGAAAAUUUAAAUUUACUGUUUUUUUUUACAACACUCCAGAAUUUGUGUUCAUGACAAAUAUAUAACCACCUUAACAAAAACAGGAGGCAGGGCAAUCAGUACUAAAAUUAUUAAUAUUGACUGGUGAUUUCUUCCCCUGCCUCUUAAACCUUUUUCUGGAAGCCAUUUUGCCACCCUGGGCUCCCGCUGGUGGCGGGGGGGACAGGAUAUAAAUCAAAUAAUAAAUAAAUAAUUUUACAGCAUAUGUGCAUUUCAUAUACAUGUGUGAUAAACCACUCGUGGUACAUUUUGAGACAACUUGGUAUUUCAUGUUUUGUUUUAAUUCAGUUCAAUUUAAUUAUUUUAAUUUUAAUUGAGUUUCUAGGUAGACAAAUCCAUGGAAAACCCCUUUCAGUAUUGCCCAUGAUUCUUA